ACGGCAGAGAACAUAAAUACAGCGGUGUUAAUUAAAAAAAUGCUGCUGCAAAUGCACCUCUGUGUACAGUACUUUCCGAACGCACUCUUGCAUAAUUUUCACUGCGAAUAUUUUUGACAUUUUUAUUGAUCGAUUUCCUUCAUUCUUCCUUUGUGCGAUUCUAUAAAAAAUUUUGUUUACUAAUUUAAAUAUAAAUAAAUUAUGGCAGCAACAAGCAGUGCAAAAAGCAGUAGUGGCAGUGGUGGUGUACUUGAAGAGCGACGCAUAUGGAUUGGCAAUUUAGAUCCCAGACUCACCGAGUAUCAACUCUUGAAAAUUUUGCAAAAAUGCGGUCCCGUCGAAAAGUUUGAUAUGCUCUUUCACAAGAGUGGCCCAUUAGUUGGGCAAUCGCGCGGAUAUGCUUUCGUCACUUUCGGAACGGCUGAAGCGGCUUUGAAAGCUUUGGAGAAGUUAAACGGCACUCCUGUUGCUAAUCGGCCCAUUGUGAUACGACUGGCUAAAAAUGUUAAUUACGAUGAGCUCAACAAGAAAAAACCUAGCAUUGAAAUACCUGCAUUAGGUGCUAGCUCACGCGAUGAUAAAAUGAGUAAAGAAGAAGCGAUACGCGCAAUAGAAGCAAAAUUACGUGCACUUGAACGUAACGGCGAGGAGGAAUUAGAAUUGAAUCUCUUAAAUUCAGCAAGCACACAAGUCCCUUUUAUUCAACGAUAUCAAUUUAACAAAGAUCGUGAUGCAAAUAGCAGUACCUCAGGUGGGCGAACUUACACAAAAUCAUAUAACUCAGCGCCUUAUAAUCGGCAUCAGCGGCCAAAAAGAAGAUAGACACCGAAACCGAAUAGUAAUUUAUUUUUGUAGUUUUUGUUUUGUUUAUUGUGGUAAUUACAAUGUAUCUGGACUAUCAUCAAUUUCAUCAAAUAUUUAUAAUUCUACUCAUAUGCGCGCUAACUAUACGUAUACUUAUCAAAUGUUGUGUUCAGAGAUUUAGGGCAAAUAAAGUGAUUUAUUUGUAAACAUUGUAA